GAGGUUGGGCUUUAUAAGCGGGCUGCUGCGCUGCGCCAGUACAAACAAGGAGCCAUUAUCCUCACAUACACACGCUGGGACUGUGGCGCUGUACUUGUUUGGAGCUCUGACUCUGCAGAAAAAACACACGGUUUAUAGUAGGCCUACUUGUUAAAAUGCUCAGGAAACCUCUGGUGAACGUCGGACUGAGAGUGAACCGCCAGCAGCAUGAAAGGAUCCAGAGAAUCACAGCGGGACUGAGACCAGCGAAUUAUGGGAACAUCCAACACCACCGGGACGCAUCCACCACCACCGCCACCGCUAAUACCGCCGCCGUGAUGGGUGACAGCGUCAAACUAAAACCUAUGCACGAGUUAGGCGGACCGAGUUUCUUGACUACUUUAAACUGGCUCUUUGUGAAGGGCUAUCUCAAAAUCGGACAGGACAUGCAAAUUGAGCACAAAAAGAUCUACGGACCUCUGUGGAAGUCGAAGUACGGCCCUCUUGUGGUCGUGAACGUGGCCAGCGCGGACAUGAUUGAGCAGGUUCUGAGGCAGGAGGGGAGGAACCCAACCCGAUCAUACAUGCUCCACUGGACGAAAUACAGAGAGAUGAGGAACCAGGCCAACGGACCCCUGACAAAAUUGGGGGCCGAAUGGCGGCGCAACCGCAGCAUCCUGAAUCCUCGGAUGUUGAUCCCCAAACACACUUCCGGCUACGCCAACACCAUCAACGAGGUUGUGACAGACUUUAUCGACAGAGUGGCCUGGCUGAGGGAAACCAGCGGUCAGGGAGUGAUGGUCAAUGACCUGACUUCAGAACUCUACAAAUUUGCUUUUGAAGGAAUCUCAGCAGUUCUGUUUGAGACCCGGUUGGGCUCCAUGGAGAAGGACGUGCCAAAGGAUACCGUGAAGUUCAUCACCACUGUGGGGGAAAUGUUUCAUAUGACCCCUAUUAUCCUCUUGUUCCCAGAGUCCACCUGGCCCUACUUGCCUUACUGGAAACAGUUUGUGGAAGCCUGGGAUUUUAUGUUCAAAGUCGCUGAAGAGCUGGUGAGCAAAAAAAUAGAGGAGAUCCAGAAGAAGGUUGACCUGGACCAGAACGUGGAGGGAGCGUACCUCACACACCUGCUGCUCAGCGAUCAGAUGACGGUCACUGAGAUCCUGGGCAGCAUGGUAGAACUCCUGCUGGCUGGAGUUGACACGACCUCCAACACGAUCGCAUGGGCACUGUACAUUUUGGCGAAGCAGCCAGAGAUGCAAGAACAGUUAUACCAGGAAGUGAUUAGUGUUUGUCCUGGGAGCAAGGUGCCAAACAGCGAUGACAUUUCUCACAUGCCGUACCUGAAGGCCAUUAUUAAAGAGACUCUACGGAUGUAUCCGGUGGUUCCAGGAAACGCUCGUAUCACUACUGAAAAUGAGAUUGUGGUCGGAGAUUAUAUCUUCCCAAAAAACACGCUGUUCCACCUGUGCCAUUACGCUGUCUCCUAUGAUGAGAAUAUUUUCCCCGACCCCCACACCUUCCUGCCUCAGCGCUGGCUCCGAGGAGGGGAGGAGAAGUCCAAGAUGCACCCGUUCGGGUCUGUGCCGUUUGGCUUCGGGGUCCGGGCGUGUCUGGGCAGACGGGUGGCUGAGCUGGAGAUGCAUCUCCUCUUGUCCAGGUUGAUGAAACGGUACGAGGUGAGGCCGGAUCCCGCAGGAACCACAGUCAGGCCGAUCACCAGAACGCUGCUCUGCCCCGCUAAACCCAUCAACCUGCAGUUUGUGGACAGGCGAGUCUAGCAGGAGCAGCAGAGAGCGGUACCGGGAGUUUCUCUGUGAGCUGUUUUAGUAUUCACACUGUGCCUCACUGAGCACUUGUUUAUAGCAUUCACAUUAUGAGGACUGGCUGGAAUGCAUCUAAACUGUGGCUGAAUGAAGAUGUGGAAGAAUGUGUAAAAGUAUAUAGUGCUGCCUGUAUAGAAUGUUAAUGUUUGCUUCAUGUAAAUAUAUGUAUACUUUAACCUCCAACACCUCCUCUGGGGAUUUAUUUAGUUUUAGUUCUACAAAUGCCAAGCACUUUUUAGCUGUUAGUGCCAUCAGCAGGGCUGACUCUGUGGAGGUUAAGAACAUGCAACUCCUACAGGAUAAGUCUGAUAUUAUCAAAUAUUUUCUUAAUCUAACAAAUCCACGAAAAGACUAAAAUCAAUCGAUAAAAAAAAGUUUGACUCUCAAUUCUUUCAGACCUUUGCACUCUGUCUGUGGCACAUAGAGGACGUGACUUGAAAACCUGUUAUAGUUAUAGUUAAAUUGUUUUUUCAAUGCUGCAGAUGAUUCACAGCAGCAGGAUGGUGUAUGAUGAAAGUUAAACUAAAAAAAAUAUAUAAAUAAGCUCCUUUUUUUAAAAUUAUUAUUAUUUUUAGAUUAUUUUUGGCAUUUUACUGCUUUAUUAGAUAGUGACAGAUAGAAAGGGGGAGACAGAGGGGAAGACAUGCGGCAAAGGGACUUCAGGCCAGUUUCGGACCGGGGUCCGCCGCAGCAAGGACUCAGCCUUAGUGGUACGCGCUCUACCUGUGAGCCACCGGGACGCCCCCUCAUUUUUAAUUUUUAAUUGAACCUAACCCCUAAUCGAGGACUCUGCGUUAGCAAUUGUUCCCUGCAAGCAAACACUGUGUUCGGAUUAGUCAAGUCAGCUUCAUUAAAGAGCACAUUUAAAAAUAAUAGACGUUAACCAAAGUUCCUCACAAAGAGACACAAUUUAUCUAAGGUUAAAUCUAAUGUAUGGCUACUGUGGUUGAGUUUAAUUUUAAUGUAUGUAUAGUGUUUGUUCAAUGUAUGAUUGCAUGCUGCUACUGGAUGCUUGAAUUUCCCUUGGGAUAAAUAAAUAAUCUAUAUACAAUAAAACACAGAAAUUAUAAAAUAAGAAAAUUGACAAAAAAGAGAAGAGAAUUUAAGUGUCUAAGUAAAAUGACAUAAACAAUAAUUGCACAAAUUAAAAAAUAAAAGCCAGACUGUGAACAGGCAUAUCGGUAACGCUUUAUAUUAAGGUCCUUGUAAUAACCAUUAAUUAACAAGUAAUAAGGCCCUUGUAAGUCCUUACAAGAUGCUUAUUAACAUUAUUGUGUGUUUAUAAGCUUAUAAAGUGUUAAUAAUGGCAUUACAAACACCCAUGACCCACCCAUUAUGUCUUUGCCAUGCCUUUAUUAAUCUUAUUUUGUUUGCUUAUUGAUAUUAAAAUAUACUUUAUCACUCAUCUAUUAUAAGUUAACUAUAAGUUAACUAUGCUUUUUGCAACUACCGGAUCUAAAGCGAGAACAAUGCCUUAUUACUUGUUAAUUAAUGGUUAUGAAGGACCUUAUUAUAAAUCGUUACCGGCAUGUCUUCAUAAAGGCUAAAGAACAGAGACUUUAGACCGGUUUUAAAUGUAUCAGUGGAAGGGAAGAUGUUAUUGUUGGUGGCAAAUUAUUCCAAAGUUCAUAGCCAACAACUGAUCGAUCACCUGUACAUUUCAACUGGGCACGUGGGAUGGAGAGCAGAGAGCCCAUGAGGAGACAGGAGGUGGAGUAGGGAAUGAGCAGCUCAGGAAUGUAUGUGGAACGCUUUAUGUAAUUGUGCAAGUAAAAAGUAAAUGUGAUGUCUAAUGUAAACUUCAAGUUAUUUGAAAAUACAUGUUGCACUCUAUCACUUUGACAGAGUUUUUGCAACUGAGUCCGUCUCACCACCAAGAGCUGAACAGGACUAAUGAGAAAAAAGAUCUGACACACUGAACUCAAUAGAAGCAUAUCUGUCCCUCAACCCUUCUCCCUUUCCUUAUUAAGCCUUUUAUCAAGUUUUCUCUGCAAACUAGGCAGCCAUAAUAACUAUUUAAUACAAUAAUAUAUCUGAUUUGACAGAUUAUGUCAAAGCAUUUUAAUUUUCGGGAUACUACAGAUAAAGUCUACAGAUAGAGUGUAGAUAGAUAUAUAGAUAAAGUCAAGUCACUCUGAAUGAAAAAGACCAAUUUUACUAUAAUUAAAAUUGGAGCAAAAUGCUCUUCAAUAUGCAGAGACAUUUUGUUUGUUUUUGUAAGUUUAUUUUGCUGCUGUUUUCAAAGGCCACAUUGAGGACUUGAGGGUUCUCGUGACUCAAGAGGAGCUCAAGAUGUUCAUUUUUUAUUUUAAAUGUACAUAAAAAGAACUCCGUUUUCUGCAAAUCAUUGUUAUAAGGCAAACAUCAUCAACAACAUCAGACAAGUAACUUGAUAUACAAUUUGAGAGUUGGUGAAAUCAGAUUACCCUUACAAAAACAAAGUAUUGCUAUUAUAUUUUUAAAAUUGCCAUAUUUUAAAUAUGUAAUCAAGUAAUCCUUGACAACAUAUCUAUAAUGUUGUUGCACUUAAAAUAGGAUACCAAAAACACUGUAGAUGUCUUAGACAACAUUUGUCAGAAUAAAACAUGCAGAAAAAACAAAGAAUGUCUUCUCCUCUCCCAUACUUUAUAAAUAAGAUCUGUCUCCCUUUCUAAAACUCUUCUUUUACAUUGUUUUUGCUGCCUUAUAUUUAGCUGUUCACAUUGUUAUUGUAUGUGUUGUUAUUGCCACUUGCUUGUAUAUUAGUGGAUAAAUGCUGCCACCUUGUGGACUGUUCUGGAACUACAUGAUCUUCCAACUUGCUCUUUUAGGUCUUAUUCAGUGACAGUUAUUACCAUUUCCAUCAGAUGCUCUAAAAGUGGUAAAUACUAAAGAUUUACAUCAUGACAUCUCAUCUAAAUCUAUCUACCACAGGAUCAUGACUGUUUGGAUGUUUGAAAUGUAUUAUGGAUCACAUUUAUUUCCUUAUAUGUGCUCACUUACCGUAGAUACACUCUUUAUCAAUUCACUUCAUUUACGAGCUAUGACAUCAGAGUUUUAUUCAAAUCAUACUUCUGUCUCUGAACAUCCGUAUGUGGUAAUUCCCUGUAUCUCCUUAACUUCAAAUGUGAUUGAAAUAUGUGUAAUAAAGCCAAUAAUUGAGUCA